UCGUUCUGUCGAGACUUUCGUCAUACGCAAAUGGGCGUGGUUUAAUCUAAACUGGGUUGCAAAAAUCAUAGACGCAGACACGCAAGGACACUCGGGGCUGGAAAGACAUUUGUGUUAGUUAGCUAAGCAGUGGUCAAAAGCGCGUUUUUAGCGUUAACCUACCCGUGACUACUGUACCUAAUCUUUCCUGGAGAAGCACUGCAGCUAGACGGACAUCAACGGGCUUUCGUCUGUAAAAGGUUUGUCAAGGUCCUAAGGACACAGUCUGUGUGUCCUUGCGGCAUCCUCUGCGCUGUGGGUGAUGCACAGCUGGUGACUGGGGUUGCCUCGGCCCCUGUGGUGAAUGGCUGUGAGCAGAGGGGGCAUCGCCUUCUGGGUGGGUUGUGUCAGCAACCAUGGCAGAAGGCAACCCACGAAGAAACAGAGCUGGACUCUCAGCCAGGCGGUUGACUGGUUGUGGAUCCGUCAGACACGCCCCCUGAGCAGUGCAUCAUGGGCCCUGGCGCCCCCUAACAGCCUUAGAUAUCAGAACGUUAAGCAGCCGGUGCUGUCCCACCCGUUCAACAAUGCCAGUCGGCCUCAGAGAGGAGGUUACUACGAGGAGAGCUGGGAGGAGUCUCUCAGCGUGUGUGUGCUGGUGCCACAAGGUGAGUCAGACGGCCUCCACACCCUGCUGGAGAUCCCUCUUUUCUGUCACAAUAAACCAGAAGAGCUCCUUGCUCUGGGGGCUCACAAGUCCUCCAAGUUUUCUUUUUCCCUAACUACGGUGGACGGCAUUAGAGAGGAUGACAUCAGCAUGGACAGCUUCAAGAGAAACGGUGUUGAUGCUGUAAAGAAAGAACAUGGCUGUUUCAGAAGCCUGUUUGAAGCGGAGAAGUGUCCUGCACCGUUUAUGACUGGCUCUCACUUUUAUUGUUUUCAUUGCCCGGGCACAGAGCCCAUGCCUGGCAGUGGGCUGAAAUCUAGGCAGGAUAUUGGACUUGACAGCAAGCCUUUGGAGCUGCCCCCUCUGCAUCCUACUACUCUGUGUAGCCAUACAGAGAAAGCAGAGGGGGUGCAUACUGAAGGAGACAGUGAAGGAGAGGAGAAACUGGCCAUGAUGUAUGAAAGACUGAGGAUAGAGAUUAACUUCAGAGGAUCAGAUCAAAACCUGCCAACAGCCCGACCACUGACCAGUCAGAUCACAAGGAAAAUCUGAGUCAUUAUUCCUACACGAUCCCGAUAUGAACAAGAGUAUACAAUAAAGUGACGAAAAAUAAAGCACAAUAGAUGUUUUUACAGAUCAGUCAAAUCGUUUUGCUGUUCCAGGCUUUUCAUUUUUCACUAUGGUCUUAAAAAACAGAUUCUAACAAACGGAGGGAGAGCUUACCACAAUCAAUAACUAGAUAUUGACCAUUAUAGCUUCAUAUUAAUUGCACAAAGAUUCUAUCAUUACAGAGAGGAUUCCUGUCAAUGUCAAUGCUUUUACACUCUUUUGUUCCAUCACUGCAGUUCAGAAUAACCUGAGGAGACUUUGUAAUGCUAACUGGAAAUGAAAACUAAACCCUCUAGUGGCGUUUAUUAGAUUACAAAUUAUCCACACACUGUUGAAUAUUUCCUAUGAUUAUAAAUCCAACAUUUCAGUCAGAAAGACCCCAUCGGGCAUUAACGAAGAAGUUAGCUAAGUAAAAGGCUUUUCUUUAGGAGAGGAAGGUAGGUCUACCUUGUCGCCUUUUCUCUCGAGUAAAUUGGCUAGCUGCACACGAACUCACCAACAGCCUAUGUUGGACUGCUAAAUGGUGACGUCACUGCUCGUGCAUGCGUGUAUUUGUAGGUGUGUGGUAGGUUCCCCUAGUUUCGUACUAGCGUUUACGUUUUGUCCUUAAUAUUAAUGAACCAUGUGAAAUUUCAGCAGAGGUGUUCAUAAUCAAUGCAUGUAGGAGAAACAAUGUUAAUUCUGUGCAUCAUUGGUUGCUUUCCAAUUUUCUUUUAACAAAACUUUAUUUUUUUCUUGAAAUGCAUUAUAAAAUGCAUUUUCUGACCUGUUGUUGUCCACUGUGAUUGGCUCAGCUGUUUCAGUGCUAUGAUACGAGUAAUGUGACUGGCUUAGAAUAUAUUUAUUAAUCACUACACCCUCUGAUCUAUAUUCCAGUUUACCCAGCCCUUCUGUGCGUAGUGCAAAUACAUGAACAAAAAAUAGCAGGUGCACUUGAAGAUGUCCACACAGUUGGUGCCCACAAGAUCUAGUGCUUUGCACUCAUCAGUGCACUAUACUGCAUAUCCUUAGGACAGCUGCAGAAGGGAAGAGGCCUUACUCAUCUUCAUUAUAAGUGCAGUCAGAAAGUAUUUAGAUCCCAUCACUUUUUUUCACAUUUUGUCAUCUUGCAGCCUUAUGCUAAAAUCGUGUAAAUUCAUUUUUUCCUUCAUCAAUCUACACUCAAUGCCCCAUAAUGACUAAGUGCAAACAGAAUUUUAGAAAUUUUUGCAAAUUUAUUAAAAAGGAAAAUCAAGACAUCACAUUGACAUACAGUAAGUAUUCAGACCCUUUGCUAUGACACUUGAAAUUUAGCUCAGGUGCCUCCCAUUUCUCUUGAUCAUAUUUGAGAUGUUUCUACAGUUUGAUUGGUGUCCACCUGUUGUAAGUUCAACUGAUUGGGCAUGAUUUGGAAAGGCACACAACUGUCUAUAUAAGGUCUCACAGCUGGCAAUGCAGAUCAGAGGAAAAACCACACCAUUAGGUCAAAGGAAGUGCCUGCAGAGCUCAGAGAAAUGAUCGUCUCGAGGUAGAGAUCUGGGGAAGGCUACAAGAAAUUUCUGCCGCAUUGGAAGAAGUUUGGAACAACCAGGAUUCUUCCUAGAGUUGGCCAACCAGCCAAACAGAGCAAUCAGGGAAGAAGGGCCUUGGUACGAGAGGUGACCAUGAACCUGAUGAUCAUUCUGGAUGAGCUCCAGAGAUCCUGUGUGGAGAUGGGAGAAACUUCCAGGAGGACAACCAUCACUGCGACACUCCACCAAUCUGGGCUUUAUGGCAGACAGAAUCCUCUCCUCAGUGAAAGACACAUGAAAACCUGCUUGGAGUUUCAAAAAAGAGAUAGAAGAUUCUCUGGUCUGAUGAAACCAAGAUGGAACUCUUCGGCCUAAAUUCUAAGUAUCAUGUCUGGUGGAAACCAUGCACCACUCAUCACCUGCACAAUACCAUCCCAACAGUGGUUGCAGCAUCAUGUUUUGGGGUUUUUUUUCAGCAGCAGUGGCUGGGAGACUGGUAAGGGUUGAGGGAAAGCUGAACGGAGCAAAGUACAGAGAUAUAAGCAUGCAGACAAGACAUUACAGGAGUUGGCUUAGGGACAACUCUGUGAAUUUCCUUGAGUAGCCCAGCUAGAGUCCUGACUUGAACCCAAACGAACAUCUCUGUGGAGAGACUGGAAAUGUAUGUCCCCUGACAGUCCCCAUCCAACCUGAAAGAGCUUGAGAGGAUCUGCAGAGAAGAAUGGCAGAAAAUCUAAAGUACUGAGUAAA